UUUGGGCUAAAUAAUUACAAGCACUCUCUCAUAUCGAUUUUAUUCUGUCUCCUCUAAUUUCCUAUAGAAUUGCUCUCAUAAUGACUUUACAGUUUUCACACAGGGUCUCCCUCUCGUGAUGUUGAGUUCUCUCUCCCUAUGGCCUCCACUUGGUGCCAAACUUAUUUUCCAUUUUCCCAACGAAUUCACUGUAAAUUCCCACCCAAUGUAGGCGCAAAACUUUCCCCAAUCCACCCAAAUUUCUCUCACAAAAGAUUUGAAAACCUGAAGCGCCAACUCAUAAAGCAUAGUGAAAAUGGCCAACCUAAAGAGGCCCUUAAAAUUCUAAGCUUUAUGCGCAGCAAUGGCAUCUCGCCUGACCUCACCAUAUACUCUGUGCUACUAAAAUCAUGCAUAAGGCUCAGAGAUUUUAAUCUUGGGGGAUCAAUCCAUGCGCAUUUGCUCAAGUCCAACCCUUUACUGGACAAUGUCACAUUGAAUUCUUUGAUAAGUUUUUACUCAAAAUGCGAGGAUUAUUGUGGUGCUCUUGCAAUAUUUGACAAAAUGAAGAGCAAGGACUUGGUCUCUUGGAGUGCUAUCAUUUCGUGCUUUUCUCGUUCUAGACAACCCAUGAAAGCAAUCAUUUUCUUUGUUGGGAUGCUUGAAUAUGGGUUGGACCCAAAUGGGUUUUGUUUUUCGGGUGUCAUGAAGGCCUGUGCUUCCAUGGAGACCAUGGAGUUUGGAGAAAUGGUGUUUGGGUUUGUUUUAAAAACUGGUUUUCAAUCUGAUUUGUGUGUAGGAAGCUCUCUCAUUGACAUGUUUGCCAAGAUGAAUAUGAUGGGUUCAGCUCGUAAACUUUUCGAUGAAAUGCCGGAGAGAAACUUGGUUGUAUAUACACUUAUGAUUACUAGAUAUGUUCAGCAUGGGUAUUCUAGAGAGGGAAUCCAAUUGUUUAUGGACAUGGUGAUCGAAGGGUUCCAACAAGAUAAAUUCAGUUUAAGUAGUGCCAUUUCAGCAUGCACAAAUUUGGGUUCAUUGGAACUCGGCAAACAGAUCCAUUCCCGUGUUUUAAAAGAUGGUUUGGGAUUGGAUUUAUGUAUAGGAUGUUGUAUAAUAGACAUGUAUGCAAAGGGUGAUGAGUUUGGAUCUUUGUGUGAUUCAAAGAAGGCUUUUGAUGCCAUGCCUGAGCAUAAUGUAAUGUCAUGGACUGCAAUUAUAAGUGGUUAUUCCCAAAGAGUAGGAAAAGAAGAAGAAGCUAUCAAGCUCUUUGUCAAGAUGGUGCAACAUGGAAAAGUUAAGCCCAAUCAAUUCACUUAUUCUAGCAUUCUUAAGGCUUGUGCUAGUCUCUCAAACCCAGUUAUGGGUGAACAGGUCCAUGCCCAUGUGGUCAAAGCUGGUCUCUCAUUGGUUACACAUGUUGGAAAUUCUUGUGUUAGCAUGUACUCUCGGUCUGGAAGAAUGGAUGAUGCACGUAAAGUAUUUGAUUAUCUCUAUGAGAGGAAUUUGAUCUCUUGGAAUACUAUACUUGAUGGGUAUGCUAGAAAUUCAGAUACUCAAGAGGCUUUCACUUUCUUUGAGCAUAUAGAGAGUAUGGGCAUUGAACCGACUGAUUUCACAUUUUCCAGUCUCUUAAGUGCUGCCGCAAGCUUAGGAACAAUGGGAAAAGGCAUGCAAAUCCAUGCUAGAGUGAUAAAAUCAGGGUUUGAAUGUGACCAGUGUAUUGUUAAUUCACUCAUAUCCAUGUACUCUAGGUGUGGAAACAUAGAGGAUGCCUUGAAAGCCUUUGAAGAAACAAGCUAUAGCAAUGUCAUCUCAUGGACUUCAAUGAUCAUUGGACUUGCAAGACAUGGAUAUGCAAGAAAAUCAAUCGAAUUCUUCAAUAAAAUGACUCAACAAGGUGUGAAACCCAACGAGAUCACCUUUGUCGGGCUCCUAACAGCUUGUAGCCAUGUGGGUCUAGUUAAAGAAGGAUGGGAGUACUUCAAUUCUAUGUAUUCUAAUUAUGGCAUUGUGCCAAGGUUUGAACAUUAUGCUUGUAUGGUUGAUCUCCUUGGGAGAUCAGGACUUCUCAAAGAAGCUUACAAUUUUAUACUGGACAUGCCAUUAAAGGCUGAUGCUUUGGUGUGGAGAACGUUACUUGGGGCAUGCCGAAAGCAUGGGGAAUUAGAGAUAGGAAAAUAUGCGGCUAAGCAUAUGUUAGAGAUCGAGCCGCACGAUCCUUCAGCAUAUGUGCUGCUUUCAAAUCUCUAUGCUGCAACAGGUGAAUGGACGCUUGUUAGUGACAUUAGAAGAAACAUUAGAGAGAAGAAAAUGAUGAAAGAGGCUGGUUGUAGUUGGAUAGAAGUAGAUAAUAGUGUUUAUGCUUUCUAUGUUGGGGAUACAUCAAAUCCAAGAACUAAGGAAAUUUAUGGAAAGUUAGAUGAAUUGGUCUGCAAAAUCAAAUGCAUGGGUUAUGUGCCAGACACAAGCUUUGUUCUUCAUGAUUUGGAAGAGGAACAAAAGGAGAAGUAUGUGAUCCAACAUAGUGAGAAGCUAGCCAUUGCUUUCGGUAUCAUAAGUUCACCCCCAGGAAAACCCAUUCGAGUUUUUAAGAAUUUACGACUGUGUGGGGACUGCCAUAAUGCAAUUAAAUAUAUUUCAGUUGUUGCGAAUCGUGAAAUUAUUGUUCGGGACACAAAUCGCUUCCAUCACAUCAAGGAUGGUGUAUGUUCUUGUGGUGAUUAUUGGUAAUAUGCAUGACAAGUUGAUAUAAUGAGGAUUCAUUCUCUCCGAGUUAAGUAUUAAAAGUCAUAUUCAGAUAAUUAGCAAUUUAUGCAUCUGCUACAACCAUCUUAUUGCCAAUAGGAAAAUGAGUAGAACUUAUUACUAGCGAAGAUAGUAUCUUCGGUGAUACAAGAAACAAAUGACAUGAGAGAUUUUUAAAUAUGUCAAAUUAAUUGGGGCCAACAAUGAUGGUCUGGCUCUGUCAAUAAAAUGUAAUAUAAAUGGAUCUUAUAGCAAAAGUUCAGGAUAUCCGCCCAUUUAUUGAAUUGGUUGAGAAGCAUAGGCAACAUGGACCUUAAUGUCAGAUAUUGUUUUCUUGUAAUAAAUCCCCAUGAACAUAAUUUGAAUGGACAGAGUCCCCAAUAUAUAGCAAACACAGAAAUGUAAUUCUGUUGAGGAGGAGAAAUUGCAAGUCUACUUGUUGACAUGGUAAGGCAAUAAUAUUCUCUGGUUCCUAUCAUCUCUGUUCGACCUCGAUAUCUGAAACCAGUAAUUGCAAAUAUCAAAGAACAAACAGGUAUAUUUUCC